UAUAUCUCCUCCGUUCCCACGCCACACUCCCCUUCCUUCUGUGUAUGUCCUGUCGGACAUGGGGACUCCCGUAGCCUCCUCCCAAUGCGCCUGUCUCCGGCGGACCUACGGAGAGUAGCUUUGCCGGUGACUAGCGGCCGAGAUCCUGGGAAGGAUCGUUGCGUCGGGCUGGCGCAGGAGGGGGGGGAUCAGAGCUCUGCUGUGGCUUCGCGGUCGUGAUCUUGUUUGGCGAUGGGAGAGAGAAGGGAGCGGUUCUGGCGUGCCGCGGCUGCUGUGCUGGUGCUCUCGUUUGCCGCGGCGGAGGGGGGACGGCGGCACGCGUACGCGGCGAUGAUGUACAUGGGGACGCCGAGGGACUAUGAGUUCUACGUGGCGACUAGGGUGAUGAUGCGGUCGCUGGCGCGGCUCGGCGUCGACGCCGACCUCGUCGUCAUUGCCUCCGCCGACGUCCCGUUCCAAUGGGUCCAAACCCUGAAAGAGGAGGACGGGGUGAAGGUGGUCACUGUUGAGAACUUGCAGAACCCAUACGAAGGGCAGGGCAACUUCAACCCCAGAUUCAAGCUGACGCUGAACAAGCUGUACGCGUGGACCUUGGCGUCCUAUGACCGAGUUGUGAUGCUCGACUCCGACAACCUCUUCCUCCAUCGCACCGACGAGCUCUUCCAGUGCGGCGACUUCUGUGCUGCCUUCAUUAACCCUUGCGUCUUCCAUACUGGUCUCUUUGUCCUUCGGCCUUCAAUUGCUGUCUUCAAGGACAUGCUUCAUGAGCUAGAAAUCGGACGUGAGAACCCGGACGGUGCAGACCAGGGGUUCCUGGUGAGCUACUUCCCCGACUUGCUCGAUCGGCCAAUGUUCCAUCCACCCGCCAAUGGCACCAAGCUUGAAGGAACCUAUCGCCUCCCUUUGGGAUACCAGAUGGAUGCUUCUUACUACUACUUGAAGUUUCGUUGGAACGUACCAUGUGGACCAAAUAGCGUCAUCACCUUCCCUAGUUGUCCAUGGUUAAAACCUUGGUACUGGUGGUCUUGGCCAGUGCUACCACUUGGCCUUCAGUGGCAUGAGCAACGACGCACAAAUCUUGGAUACAGUGCAGAGGCGCCGGCGAUUCUGAUUCAGGCCGUGAUGUAUCUGGGGGUCGCGGCGAUCACCCGGUUGGCACGGCCUAGGAGAGUGAAGCUGUGCUACAACCGGCGUCCAGAGAAGAGCAUCCCCUUCGUGCGCGCCAUGCUGAAGAUGGCUGCACUCUGGUCCAUGUUUGCAGCACACACCAUCCCGUUCUUUCUCAUCCCGCGAACGGUGCAUCCACUUCUCGGCUGGUCCCUCUACCUGCUCGGAGCAGCUGCACUUAGUACGGUUGUGAUGUCUGUCUUCCUACUUCCACCUCUUCCGGUCCUCACACUGCUGCUGGGGAUUCUGGGUUCCCUGUUUGUGAUGGCAUUCCCUUGGUAUUCCGAUGGCAUCGUUAGGGCUCUUGCGAUGUUUGGAUACGCCUUCUGCUGUGCUCCAGUUGUGUGGGCUUCACUGGCCAAAGUUCUGUGCUCCUUGCAGAGUCCACAAGAACGGGAAACCUUCUUCACUAGACUGGGAGAAUCCACACCACUGUCGGACUCCAGCAAGCUGUAUUAAUCUGCAGACAUAUCUGCACAAUCUCAUUCAUUUGGUUGGUGUUAUUAUUUACACAAUUUGAUGGCCAGAAAUCACUCUUUCAUGUCUAUUCACUGAGACAAAAUUCAUGGGGUAUCCAAAUAUGUUCUUCCUGUUCAUCUACCUGCCUGUCUCAGUGCAUGGAGCAGCGAGAGACGGAUUCUGAUUCUGUUUUGGAAUUUGAUGUUUUAUG